AUGCAAAUAGGCAGGAUCGCAGAGGAAGAAGUCGAUUUCGAGCAUCAACCAGAUUUCACCCUAAACUUCGCGAAAAAUCGCGACCCAGCGAGAUUACUUGAUUUCAGCCGAAACAGACGACCUUAUCAAAGGCUUUCGAAAAUAAAUCUGACAAAACCACGACUUUACACCGAUUGUAUGAAGAAUGCGGGGAAUCCGAAGCUCACAUGGUACCACCCACCUUGCUGCACUGUAGAAAGCAAAGCUGAGCGUCAGCAACUGCUCAGCUUAAAGCAGUAA